CUAAUCAGUGGUAAUUCUCCUUGUUUUCUGCUAAACCAUUCUAUUUAUAUGUAGCCAGUGAUUGAACCAGCUUUCUUUCAACGAGCAAGCACUUCGCCUUUUCAUUCUUUCUCCAAUUUUUGCAGGCGUAGAAGUGUGAUUUAAGGUUUUCCAUUGGUGAUUGGCUGAUAACUUCUGCUAUUCGUUAUAUAAAUUGGUUUAUCAGUUACUUUUCAUCACCCUUGGGCUCAGUCUGCUGCAUGUUAAAGUAGUGAUGGGUUGUUAAUCUGAGCAAACUGUUUCCGUGAAGAUGAUUACUAUUGGAUCUUAUUAUCAACCAUUUUCUCUUGCCGGAAGCUAGGUUAGUAAACCCUGCAUGCCAUUCUCCCUUAUAAGUCGGGUGGUAUUUCUGGUCGAUCUCCCUCAAUAAGUUUGUCUGAUGGCAACCAUACUUGAUUCUCUGGUUGGAUCAUGUGUCAAAAAGUUGCAAGGUAUUAUUACAGAGGAGGCCAUUCUGAUACUAGGGGUAAAAGAAGAUCUCAAAGAACUACGGCGAAUAAUGAAGCAAAUACAAUGCUUUCUAAAUGAUGCUGAGCAAAGGAGGACAGAAGAAACAUCAGUUAACAACUGGCUCGGUGAGCUGAGAGAUGCUAUGUAUAAAGCUGAUGAUAUUAUUGACUUGGCUAGAUUUGAAGGAAGCAAGCUGCUAUCAGACCAUCCUCCAUCGUCAUCUUCAUUAUCAAGAGACUCAAUUGCAUGUCCUGGAUUUUCAUUUUUCUCUUGCCUUCCAAAUAUUCAGAGACGUCAUGAGAUUGCUGUCCGGAUCAGGAACUUCAACACUGAACUCGAGAAGAUCUCAAAGCUAGGUGAAAGAUUCUUAAAGCUUCAGAAUAUGCAGUCUAAAGCAGAAGUCUCGACAGUGAGGCGGAUGAAAACUUGUGAACUUGUGGAGCCUAAUCUUGUGGGAAAGGACAUUUCAAUUGCUAGCAAAAGAUUGGUGCAACUGGUGCUUGCACAUAAGGAAAUGAAGGCCUACAAGAUUGGUAUUGUUGGAACAGGAGGGGUCGGAAAAACAACUCUAGCUCAAAAAAUAUACAGUGACCACAAAAUAAAAGGUACCUUUAGCAAACAAGCAUGGAUUUGUGUUUCUCAUGAGUACUCUGAAGUUGCUAUUUUGAAAGAAGUUCUUCGAAACAUUGGGGUACAUUAUCAACAAGAUGAGACUGUAGGAGAACUCAGCAGAAAGCUUUCAUUAGCCACUGAAAAUAAAAGUUUCUUUCUUGUGUUGGAUGAUGUUUGGCAGCAUGAGGUAUGGACUAAUGUAUUGAGAACUCCGUUAACCACUGCAGCUACAGGAAUAAUUCUAGUGACAACUCGUAAUGAUAUAGUUGCACGUGCAAUUGGGGUGGAACAUGUGCAUGGAGUUGAACUUAUGUCAGCAGACGUAGGAUGGGAGCUUCUUUGGAAGAGUAUGAAUAUUAAGGAAGAGACUGAAGUGCAAAACCUACGGGGUAUAGGGAUGGACAUUGUCCGUAUGUGUGGUGGCCUUCCUUUGGCAAUCAAGGUUACUGCUAGUGUUCUAGCAACUAAAGAUAAAACUGAGAACCAAUGGAGAAAUUUCAUCAACAAAAGUGCUUGGUCCAUGAACAAAGUUCCUAUUGAGCUUAGAGGAGCUUUGUAUUUGAGUUAUGAUGAUCUACCAUGGUAUUUGAAGCAAUGCUUCCUCUACUGUGCCUUAUACCCAGAAGAUUUUAUCAUGCAUCGUGAUGAUCUUAUAAGGUAUUGGGUUGCUGAAGGUUUUGUGCAACAGCAAGAAGAACAACUUCCAGAGGAUACAGCUAAAGAAUAUUACUUUGAAUUGAUAUGUAGGAAUCUCCUUCAACCAAUCCCUGGAUAUGCUGACUAUUCUAGGUGCAAAAUGCAUGAUCUUUUAAGGCAGCUUUCUCAACAUUUAUCACAAGAUGAAUGUUUUCAUGGAGAACCACAAUCAUUGGAGGCUAAAUCUUUGUCUAGACUACGACGUGUUUCAAUUGUUACUGAUAGGGAUUCUGUAGUGCUCCCCAAUGUGGACAAGGAGCAGACUAGAGCAAGGACUUUGCUUAUUCAUUGUGCCAAGUCACCAAGAGUUGAAAAUACAAUAUUUAGAAGACUUCCAUAUAUUCGAGUUUUGGAUUUGACUGGCACUCUUAUACAAAGUAUUCCAUCAUGUAUUGGAAAUUUGAUCCAUCUACGAUUACUAGAUCUUAAUGGGACUGACAUAUCUUAUCUUCCAGAGUCCAUACAUGGUCUCAUAAACCUUCAGAUAUUGAACUUGCAGCGGUGUUAUGAGUUGCACAGUCUUCCUUCGGCAAUCACUCGAUUAUGCAACUUAAGGUGCCUUGGUCUUAAACACACACCAAUAAAUCAGGUUCCAAAAGGGAUAGGAAAAUUGAAGUCUCUCAAUGAUUUACAAGGGUUUCUAGUUGGUGGUGGUAGUGAUAAUAGUACUAGAAUGCAAGAUGGAUGGAACCUUAAAGAGUUGGGUCCUCUUUUGCAGUUGAGGCGACUUGAAAUAAUUAAAUUGGAAAGAGCAGCUCCUUGUGCAGAUUCACUGCUAACAGAUAAAACAUAUCUCAAAGAAUUACAUCUAUGUUGCACUGAACGUACAGAAGAUGGAUGGAACCUUGAAGAGUUAGGUUCUCUUCUACAGUUAAGGCGGCUUCAUAUGGUUAAAUUGGACAGAACAGUUACUUAUAGUACAGAUUCACUUCUAACAGACAAAACAUAUCUCACAGAAUCAAAGCUAUGUUGCACUGAACGUACAGAAGAUGAGCCAUAUUCUGAAGAGGAUGUAAUCAAUAUUGAGAGGACCGUUGAGCAGCUAAUCCCUCCAUGCAACCUGGAAGAGCUUGGUAUUGCGAGAUUCUUUGGUCGGAGGUAUCCCUCCUGGCUAGGUACUAAUACCCAUUUGUGUUCAGUAAUAUACUUGGUCCUCAUAGAUUGCAAAUCCUGUGUGCAUCUUCCACCAAUCGGUCAGCUACCCAACUUGAAAUUUCUGAAAAUCACGGGAGCAACUGCGGUUACCAGGAUUGGACUGGAAUUAGUUGGCUCCGGGGUGGGUAAUCCCGGAUCUGCAGAGGCAGUGGCUUUCCCCAAGCUUGAAAAAUUGCUCUUCUGGGAUAUGCCCAAUUGGGAGGAGUGGUCCUUUAUUGUUGAAGAAGAAGAAGCAACAGUAGCAGGUAAGGAAGGGAGAGAGGAUGGAGCUGCUAUGAAGCAAAUAGGGGAAGCCCCACCUCCAAGAAUGCGAUUGCUGCCACGUUUGAAGAAGUUGGAACUUAUGCGCUGCCCCAAGCUGAGAGCUCUCCCACGACAGCUUGGACAGGAGGUCACCAGCUUGAAGGAGCUCAUAUUAAGAGAUGUCGAUAGGCUUAAGGUGGUGGAGAGCCUCCCAUUCCUCUCAGAAGUCCUUGUAAUGGAUGGAUGUGAAGACCUACAGAGGGUCUCGAAUCUUCCCCAAGUGAGACAGCUACGUGUGACAUUUUGUCCAAAUUUAAGGCUUAUUGAGCACUUAGUCAGAUUGGAGCAGCUGUGGCUGGACGUGGAUAUGCAAGACAUCUCCUCACUGUGGGUGCCUGAGCUUAAACAACAAUGCCAACAAUUCCAUGGUGAAGACUUGGACAUCUACACAUGGCCUAGAGAUUGAGAGGCACCCAAUUAGGUGGCAACAGAGACACAAGGUUAUAUACAGGGCCACAUAUUGGAUCAGAUUUUGGUCGCUACUUCAGAAGGAAGAGAUGAAAGCUACAAUGCACAAUGCAUACUGACUUUUUGAGACAACGACAAUGGACAUCUUCGUCAAGUUUGGUUGGAGGUUUCACAAUAGAUUAAGUGUUUAGAAUGGAACCAUACUAUUUGUUAAACCUCUACUUUUUGUUUGUGCUGCUGUGCUAUCGUGUGGACGGAGUUUACAACAUAGCAAAAGCUUUGUAAUAAUAACCGGCCAAAUGCAUUGCAAAAUGCAGAGGUUGGGAACCAUUUCACAUGCUUAAUGAAAUACAUCCUUUUUUUAAAAAAAGAAAA